CAAUCACACUCAGUUUUCGAAAAUGAUUCGUUAUCCAAUCUUGACAUUUAUUAUCUAUUCAUUAUGUUAUGUAAGAAAAACGUUUUGUGCGAAUAUUUUACUAACGGAGGAUUUGGGAUCGCCCAGUCAUCAAAUCUGGAAUUAUGCCCUUGCCGACGAAUUGGUACUAAGAGGGCACAAUGUUACUAUUUUAGGACCUAAGUCAAUUCCUUUGGAAGGGCAUGAGAAGUUUCAUAGGAUCGAGCUAGAAGGCCUUUAUUCUGCGCACGCAUUCGAUUCGGAGACAUUGUAUAGCUAUGGGCGACUGAACAAUCUGCAAUUGAUAAACGAAUACGCUCUCUUCACGUGCAACCAUUCUCUAGGCACGAACGGCUUCCGCACACUCAUGAACUACCCGAAAGACUUCAAAUUCGAUGUGAUAUUAUUCGACAUCACGGUGAGCAACUGUCUGUUGCCUCUGAGCCAGAGAUUCAAAUCUCCUCCCAGCAUAGGACUCACUGCUUUGCUACUUCCACCCCAUCUAUCGGAAGCAUUUGGAAACCCUUAUCAGUCUUCGUAUUUACCGCACAUUUUAUUCCAGUUUUCGAACGAUAUGAGUUUUCUAGAACGAUUGCAGAAUUAUGUUUGGACCAAGUUGGAGGCUAUCGUUAAAAAGUAUUAUUACACCCCCAAAUCGGAGGAGAUAGCCAGGAGAGUUUUUGGGAAGAGUAUGCAGCCGUUUGAUACCCUCUUGAAACAACUGUCUUUGCUCCUCUGCAAUUUGAGUCCUGGAUUCCAUCAUUCGCAACCCUUCACCCCAAAUAUAAUUCCUGUCGGAGGCGUUCAUAUCGAUACAAAGAAAAAGUUGCCGCAGGACUUACAGGAAAUCAUGGAUAAUGCUAAACAUGGUGUUAUUUUAUUUUCUCUCGGGAGCAAUGUGAGGUCCGAUGCUCUCAAAGUGGAAAAAAGGAAAGCCAUUAUAGAUGCUUUCAGUAAACUGAAUCAGAUAAUAUUAUGGAAAUUUGAGAGUCAACUAAGUGACGUUCCUAAAAAUGUAAUUAUUCGUAGAUGGUUACCUCAAUCUGAAAUUUUGGCCCAUCCGAAUUUGAAAUUAUUUAUCACUCAUGGUGGUGGAUUGAGUACCAUCGAAGGAGCCUUUUUCGGAGUACCAAUGCUUGGAAUACCUUUUUUCGUAGAUCAAUACCACAAUAUAGAUUUAGUUCUGAACAGAAAAAUGGGGUCGAAAUUGGAAUAUAGCACUUUGACCAGUGACACUCUCCUCAGCAGCAUCCAGGCAAUUCUGAACAACCCAAUGUAUUCCGAAGAAGCAAAGAAAAUAUCAAGAGUCAUGAGAGAUAUGCCAGAAACCGCAAUGGAAAGAGCAAUAUUUUGGAUUGAAUAUGUCAUGAGACAUAACGGUACCCACAUCUUGGACCCAAAAUCAAGAAGUCUUUCGAAUUUUGUAUCAUCCUCAACGGAUAUUCAUUUAUUCCUAUUACUGUUGUUCGUUUUAUUACUAUAUACGUCUUUUAAAGUGGUAUCCUCAAUAAUAUCAAUGUUGUUAAAAAAGAAACAUAAAAAAACAAAAAAGGAAUAAAGUGAUAUGAAAAGGUU